GUGUUCGAUGUUCUUUUUCAUCCAUCAGCUUUCGAAAUAGCUGAAAAGCAAAUCUCACUGGCUCGCAUGAUUAAUUCUGUGGCUCUAACCAGCAUUCAGCGCCAGUUCAAUUUACGGCUUGGAAAGUCAUCUGAUCAGGCCAGGCAGUUGGAAGCAGCUCUUCAAGCAGUGAAUGAAAUUUCACCUAGUUCAUCUUCUACCCGCGUUGAUUUAUUAAUAUCUAAGUGCACACAUCGACUUGUCGGAGUUACUUACAAGGCAAAGCUCCUUUUCUAA